GCCGCGGCAGGACGCUCUGGUCCUGGAGGGAGUCAGGAUCGGCCCCGAGGCCGACCCGGCGCCCCAGCUGGGCGGCCGCCUGCUGCUGAUGGACAUCGUGGAUGCUGAGCAGGAGGUGCCCGUAGAAGGCUGGAUUGCAGUGGCAUACGUGGGCAAGGAGCAGGCGGCCCAGUUCCACCAGGAGAGUCAGGGCAGCGGCCUGCAGGCCUAUCCCAAGGCCCUGAUCCAGCAGAUGCGGAGGGCGCUCUUCCUGGGAGCCUCUGCGCUGCUUCUCUUCAUCCUGAACCAUAAUGUGGUCCGAGAGCUAGACAUAUCCCAGCUUCUGUUCAGGCCGGUGAUCGUCCUCCAUUACUCUUCCAAUGUCACCAAGCUGUUGGAGGCCCUGCUGCAGAGGACCCAGGCCACAGCUGAGAUCACCAGUGGAGAGUCCCUGUCCGCCAACAUCGAGUGGAAGCUGACCCUGUGGACCACCUGCAGCCUCUCCAAGGACGGCUAUGGAGGGUGGCAGGACUUGGUGUGCCUGGGAGGCAGUCGUGCCCAGGAGCAGAAGCCCCUGCAACAGCUGUGGAACGCCAUCCUGCUAGUGGCCAUGCUCCUGUGCACAGGCCUCGUGGUCCAGGCCCAGCGGCAGGCAUCAAGGCAGAGCCAGCGAGAGCCAGGAAGCCAGGUGGAUCUGCUCAAGCGCCGCGUGGUGCAGCGCCUGGCGUCCCUGAAGACCCGGCGCUGCCGUCUGGGCAGGGCAGCCCAAGGCCCCCCGGAGCCUGGCGCCGAGACCUGCGCCGUGUGUCUGGACUAUUUCUGCCACAAGCAGUGGCUCCGGGUGCUGCCCUGUAAGCAUGAAUUUCACCGAGACUGUGUGGACCCCUGGCUCAUUCUCCAGCAGACCUGCCCGCUGUGCAAAUUCAAUGUGCUAGGGAACCGUUACUCAGAUGAUUAGCUGCCCCGCCUGGGUGUCUGCAUGUGGGAAUGGGCCCCUCCCGUCCGCACCCUGGCCUGGGCUCCUGAAACAGGACCAUGGAGUGGACAGUGCUCAGCGGAUGGGAGGGUGAAGAGGGGCCUGCCGGCCGAGGGGCGUGCUGCCCCACCCCAUCCGCACCGGGAAGGAGCCACCGCCUCCAGGCCAGGAUGCUGGGCCCAGACCUGCCAGUCACAGAAGAGAGGUCACCUUGGGACUCUUCUGCAGCCCUGGGGUGUCUGUGUGUGCUCCUCACAGGCAUUCCAGAGCCCUGGGCGGGGACCUGGUGGAGAGGGAGUGAGGCAGUGCACUUGUUGCCAGGUCUCUGGGAGCUCUGUGGCCCGCCUAUCUGGGCACCCCUGGGGCUGAGGCUGCAGUGGUUGGGUUUUGUGCUUAUUUAUUCGGGGGGUGGGUAGGGGGGAGGGGCAGCCUGGUCAUGGGGGUGAAGACAGUAUUCAACCCAGAGACCCCUGCCUAGUCUGCUGCCCUCAGACCUUGGGCACUGGGAGUCACGGGCCCCACUGCCUGUGUCCCUGGGUCGGGCUGGGACCAGGGCCUUAGAGACCACCCAGUCCCAUGGUUCUCGGGAGGGCUGCAGGUUGCUGACCAGGAUACUUGAAGCCACAAGUCAUGUGGUGCAUCUUCCAGGGGCAUCGUUUUUUAGACUUGGGAUGGGGAGGUUUAAUAUGAAAUAAACAUGAAUAUAUUUU